UUAGUUCCUUUAGUUUCCUGUCAUAUUACCAUACAACACCACUAACACACAUAUAGAACAAAUACACUACCACGGUCUUUUGGAUUUGAUAAAAUGUGUAACAGGAAGAGGAGGUAUCGGACCAACGUGUUCGAAGAUCCGGCCGUCCGUCGGCGGUUUGUCACCAAGGUCCUCACGAUAGUGGCCAUCAACUUGACCAUUACAUCAUUGGCAAUGACGAUAUGUAUCUUGACAAGCCCUAUUAGGCGAUUUUUAAUAAUUAACUGGUGGAUUCCAAUUCCAGCCAUUGUUAUCAUAUUUAUAAUUCAUCUUGUGAUGUGCUUCUGCCCAGGUGUUUUCCGAAAGUCGCCCAUUAAAUGGAUUUUGCUGGUAAUAUACGUCAUUUGUCAUGCCAUUUUAGCGUCCUGCCUUGCCGUUCGUUAUCGUCCGCUUCUGGUUUUAAUUGCCUUCGGAAUAUGCGCCUUCCUGGUCGCCUGCCUUUGUCUCUUCGCAAGAUUCGCACCCUGCGACUUCACCUCGUGCUACACAUUAAUAUUCAUCUUAAUUCUUGCCUUAUUAGUUCUGGGCAUACUAGCCAUCUUUAUCAGGGGUCUCUGGAUUGUGUAUAUAUGCCUUGGCGUGAUCGCAUAUUCUAUAUUUAUAGUUUAUGACCUUCAAUUGAUUAUAGGCGGCAAAAUUCACAAAAAUCAGUACGACGAAUUAGAUUAUAUUAUUGCUUCUAUGAUCCUUUUCCAUGACGUCGUACACCUCUUCAUGUUCAUUCUACAACUCGCGGGUUGGAUAGAUGAUGACUAGGAAUGUUUUAAUUUAAAUUUACGUGA